AUGUCUACGCCGUCAACUGCUACCGCCACACAUCCUACGCAUCAUCAGCAACUUUACGGAUUUCCCCAUCAUCAAACGUACCUACCGAAUCCUUCGUAUCCGGCCACGUCCACUCCGCACAUAAACCCUGCCGUCUAUCCUUACGCCGUCCCUUCAGCGACUGCUGCACUUCCGUAUACUCAGUCUCCUCACUCAGUCGCCGCAGCUUCUACACCUACAACCACCGCAGCCAUGCCGCAGCCUCAGAAACCUGCCAGCACGGGAGUUUCGACUCAAAACGGGAGGCGGAAAAAGCCGGAUUGGGGCGAAUUCUACAAGAAUGGGCUACCGAAAGAGGUUAUUGUCAUUGAUGAUACACCUCCUCCUGACCAGACUGCCGCCGCGUCGCGUACUUACCCGGCGGCAUCCACCGCUCAGGCUCCGAAUGGCAACAUUCCGCAGCCGGCGGGUAAGAAACGACGCACCGGUAUCGAGACGGCAUACGAUCUAGGCUACUAUGAUCGUCCCUCUUUUUCCAUAAACCCCCAGCAGUAUGGCGAAGAGUCGUCUGCUGGCUCCCUCUCGACAGACCGCACAGCGUCGUUGCACACCACUGCCCCUACGUCCCUGUCACAGGGCAGCUCUGGUGCGAGCAACGGUGCUUAUUAUGAAGACGCCAAUGUCGGCCAGAAGCGAAAGCGGGUAGCGACGCGAAAGUCUGUUCGAGAUCAGCAAAAGAAAUUGGAGCAGGAAACGGCAACCGAUGCCUUUUUGAGCUACAUACCUCCUCCCAAGCCGCCUAUCAAGGCCAAGGAUGUGCCCGUACCCGUUGUUCGUUCUUAUGCGAACAGGGGUGAGAAAUACGAUGAUGACGAUGGCCAUUACAUCGUCAAUCCUAAUACUCCUAUUACCGACCGAUACUCAAUAGUCAAACUUUUAGGGCAAGGAACAUUCGGCAAGGUCGUCGAAGCAUAUGACAAACAACGCAAAACUCGCUGUGCCAUCAAAAUAAUACGAUCUAUACAGAAGUACCGUGACGCAUCACGAAUCGAACUCCGUGUACUCUCAACUUUGGCAUCUAAUGAUAAGAGCAAUCGAAACAAAUGCAUCCACCUGAGAGACUGCUUCGAUUACCGGAACCAUAUAUGUAUCGUCACAGACCUGCUGGGUCAGAGUGUUUUUGAUUUUCUCAAGGGCAACGGGUUCGUUCCGUUUCCCAGCAGCCAGAUUCAGAACUUCGCUCGGCAACUCUUCACCAGCGUGGCUUUCCUUCACGACCUUAACCUCAUACAUACAGAUCUAAAGCCGGAGAAUAUUCUCCUUGUCAAGAACGCCUAUCAAACCUUUACUUACAACCGCUCUAUCCCUUCAUCCUCUACUGCAAUAUCUCGGAAUGCGCGUCAAAGGCGUGUUCUGCUGGAUAGCGAGAUUCGCCUGAUCGACUUUGGUUCUGCCACCUUUGACGAUGAAUACCAUUCCUCCGUUGUUUCCACGCGGCAUUACAGAGCGCCCGAGAUUAUUCUCAACCUUGGCUGGAGCUUCCCAUGUGACAUCUGGAGUAUUGGCUGCAUUCUUGUCGAGUUCUUUACCGGCGAUGCUCUUUUCCAAACACAUGAUAAUCUUGAACACCUCGCCAUGAUGGAAGCUGUCAUUGGAGAGCGCAUUGACGCAAAACUCGUACGUCAAGUGAUGCAAGGGAGCCGGAAUGGCAACCAGAAUCAAGCCGCCAAGUACUUCGUUCGAAACCGUCUUGACUACCCAAACGAAGAGACAACCCGAGCCUCGAAGAAAUACGUCCAGGCUAUGAGACGACUAACAUCGUUCAUGCCAACGAAUAACAAGUUCUACCGAUUAUUCCUGGACUUGUUACAACGUAUCUUCGUUUACGACCCCAAGCAGCGUAUUACCGCCAAGGAUGCCCUCAAGCAUGCGUGGUUUAAAGAACCAAUCACGGAUGAUGGGACUGAAGCUCUGCGGAUUGGGCAACAGUUGCAGCGCAACGGUCAGCCGCGCUGA